AUGUCUUCCAUAGAGCAAAACAGGGCUGCUGAAGAUAUGAACAGUAAUAGAUCAAAUAAGCUCGAUCUCAAUUUGAUGGAUUUCUUUGAGGGAAGUUCAAGUGGAGGUAAGAGAAUGUUCAAAUGCAAGUAUUGCAAAAACAAGUUCUCCACCUCACAAGCUUUAGGAGGGCAUCAAAAUGCCCAUAAACGGGAGAGAGCCAUAGAGAAGAGAGACAAAUUGCUGACUGAGCAUAUGAACUAUUUGCCAUACCCAUUUUGGGACAUGGCAAUAAGGUCUCCUAUGCAUUAUCCAUCUCUUGGCAAAACCCUAGGGGUUGAUAUGAAUUCUAUGAUUCAUAAACCCUAUAGCCCUUGGUUCCGUAGUGGUAUUGGGCAUCAUGCGGGGCCAUCAAGGGCUCCUAUUAUGAACCAUCAAUCAAGAUUGCACCAAGUGCAAAAUGGAGGGUUCCAAUAUGUGACUAGCAUCGUUCCUAAUGGCAACCAUGAGAGAUCUAUCAUUUCUCAGAAGGAGAAGGAAGAGGACAAAGGACUUGAGUUAUCACUUAAGCUUUGA